UGUGUUCUAUGACAGAAAUACGAGGAAACCCAUUGGAGAAAUUUUGGUUGAAAGCCCAGAAUAUCUAGUUUGUGAAUAAGAAUUGAUUGAUUAACCCUGUAGAAUAACUUACUGAUAUUGGUGUAGAUAACGUCAGUUUGCUCAUUAGAUACAUAUGAGAUAUGUGACAUUAAUUCAAGCAAAUUUAUUAUGUCAGUUCCUGAAAUCGUAGAUCUUAAAAGUGUGGUGGACCCACAUCUGAACGGCGGCGAACUACAAGCAUAUACUGCUCGAUAUCUCACGAAACCUGGUGACAAUUACGGUAGCUGCAUGCUGGCGGUUGCCGCUAGAAUUAAGCAACCAAAUGCACUCAUUGAAGAGUUACCUUUAAUUGCGAAACUUCCACCUGUGACCAACGAAUUAUUUUGGCAAAUAUUUCAACCAGAGCGCACAUGUAUUACAGAGAACAAAAUGUAUGAAAUUGUAGUUCCAGAAAUACAUCGACUGCAGCUCGAUGCUGGUUUGUCUAAGGAUAAACUCUUCACUGCUCUACCAAAGUACUAUGGCAGCCGCAUAUCACUGGACCCCAAUGCCACUAAAGUCGACCGUGAUGCUGUGCUCGUGCAGGAGAAUCUCCAGGUUUCUGGCUACAGAGCUGGCAACCGACAUCAAAUGUUCGAUUUCGUCCACGCGAAGCUUGUGUUGGAAUGUAUGGCGCAAUAUCACGCCUUGCCCAUUGCCUUACGUAUUAGAAAACCAAAAGUCUUUGCGGAGAAGAUACGACCACAUUUUAACCGUUUCAAUAUGAAUACCUCAAUGGGUGACCAAAUGAAAGAAGACAUGCGUAAAGAAAUAAGAGAAGAUUUGGAAUUAGUUACUAACAAUAAUGAUGAUGAGAUUGGGGAUAUUUUAGAAAAGUUCCAACAGUACGAUGCAUGGUUGGAACAGCCAGAAGCUGCUGAUGGGUUAUACACCAGUUUGGUCCAUUGCGAUUUGUGGAUUAACAAUAUUAUGUUUAAAUAUGAUGAUCAGAAUCAGCCAACUACAUUAAAAUUUGUGGAUUUCCAAAUAGCGCAAUAUGAGUCCUUUGUGCACGACAUUAUUUUCUUUCUAUUCUCUAGUGUCGAUGCUAAUGUAUUGGAGGAUAAUUUCGAAAACUUGUUGGAAGCCUACUACGAUGCAUUCAUUCACAAUUUAAAAGAAGUGCAAGUUCCAACAGAUGACUACUCCUAUGAAGGAUUCGUGAAUGAAGUGCGACGUGUUGGUCCUAUAGAAAUUUCACAUCCGUUAUUUAUGACAAAGGUAAUUUUGGCCGAUAACAGUACACUUCCCGAAGAUUUUAAAGAUAUGGAUAUGUCUAUCUUAAGCAAAAAUCGUGGUCUCAAGACGAUUACCAAGCGAAUGAGCGAUAUUUUGCGAGUGGCGAAGAAGUUUAAGCUAAUUUGAAAUCGUUAACUAAAUUUCUGAGUAUUUACGCACAAUUAUGGAAAUAGGAAAUUGUAUUGAUUGCGAGUAAAUCUUAAAAUAAUUUAAUUAAGUUAUCUAGGGAGAAUGGAACUAGACUGGCUUCAAGUAAUCUGGCAAUAAUUAGGGAGAAGGCGAUGCAGUUGAAUAUUUUCAAUACGAUCCUUAAACGGCCGGAAACAUCUGGUCUGGUUAAGCGAAGCAAUAUGGUGUAUCCAACUGUGGUAAACCAUAUUUCGUUCACCACAAUCUAAUAGAGAACACAUAACCUAUGUAUAUAUAAAUAUAGUUAAAAAAUUGCUUAAAGAUUGAAGAAGCUUGACUUUAAGCCGAUCAACGUAUUUAAAAAAAUCGUAGAACUUUUGGUUUUGGUUAUGUUUUGGUUUUUUAGGGGAAUUAUUUGAUUAACUACUUCUAUAAAAAGAUUAAACCUGUUGGUACACGUCGUGCAAUUAACUAUGCAGAACAAACCGUUUUUGUUCAUAUAUUCUUUGGUUGACUAGGUCAUCCGAUAAGAGAAUUUAUAAUAAUUAUCAUGUUAUCAACCUUGUGGUCGCCUAAAAGUAUGCUUCGGUUUAUAUCCCUUUUUUAACUUUCUUUGUUCAAACUUUAAAGCAGAGAUUGUUAAUAUAAUUAAUAUAAUUCUCUGGGAAUAUUAAUUAAAUCUAAGUAAUUAAAAUGCCUAAAAGAAGUAUUUACAAACAAAGGAAGGAAAGUGUAAAGCACAUAAAAAAUAAAAUAUUAAAUUAUAGCCAUUGUUAUGCGCGGAAUGCUGGAAUGCAUUAGAAUUGAAUAAGAAAAAGAAUAAAUAGUUUGAUUUAGUAAAAUUGCA